AUGCCUUCUCCUAUUUAUACCGACUUCCAAAUCGAAUCGCCCAUAUUCCUCAAGGGUUCGCAAUUUUCCGUAGGAUCUGGUGGAGGCGGUUCUUUGGGGCCAGGCCAUGCAAUUGACCUCGCAGCGUAUUACGUGAGACAACAACACCUGCAAAACAUGCCACAAUCAUCGCCUGUGGCUGAGAAGGAGCUCUCGGUACAUGGCGAUGUUCUCGAAACUGUGCAAAUGCAAGACAGGUCAAAGUUUGCGGACGGGGCGAUUAGACUAAGAAUGCUGAAUCAUGACAUGUCCGAUCAAAUGGAUGACAUGAUAUUUGGAAGCAACUAUGAAAGUCAAAUGAAUAUGGCGUAG